AUGGCUGGUCUUUUGGCUGGAAAAGUUUGUGCUAUAACUGGCGGUGUUACUGGCAUUGGGCGUGCCAUCGCCAUUGAGUAUUUACGUCAAGGAGCAUCCGUUGUCGUCAACCAUCUUGGUGAUUCUGCGUCAGAGAGUCAUUUUCAGGAAAUGUUGAAGCAAGUUCCAAACGACUCUAAAAACAAGCUGAUUGCUUCAUCGGGCGACAUUGGAAAGAAAGAAACUGGCCAAAAGCUUGUUUCAGAUGCAGUCAAAGCAUUUGGAUCCCUGGAUGUCUUCGUUGCAAACGCUGGUGUCAGCGUUUUCGCCGAUUUCUUAGAUAUGGACGAUGAGAUUUUCGAACUUCACAACCAUGUCAAUGUCCGCGGCACUUUCUAUUCAACGCAAGCUGCUGCCAAACAAAUGGUCUCUCAGGGGCGCGGCGGCAGUAUAAUCGGCAUUGCAUCAAUCUCAGCACUGGUUGGCGGCGAGGAGCAAGUGCAUUAUACACCAACCAAAUCUGCCGUACUAAGUAUGAUGCAGUCACAGGCAUGUGCCCUUGGUAAAUAUGGUAUUCGAUGUAAUGCACUACUGCCAGGAACAACGAAAACCCAAUUAGCCGUUAGCGAUCUUGCGAAGCCAGGCAAGCUGAAGUACUUGGAGGAGCGGAUUCCCUUAGGCAGGGUAGCAGAUCCAGAGGAUAUGGCCGGGCCGGCAGUGUUUUUCGCAAGCGACAUGAGUCGAUACUGUACUGGAGCUCAGUUAUUAUGCGAUGGAGGACUUUUUGUACAUCUUCAGUAA